AUGAGAGCACUAACAUCAGAGAAGAUGGUGGAAAGGCUACUGGCCAACAGAUUCUGUAACAUUUAUAGAAAAGGUAACACUCUCCAAACUGGCAGGCUCAACAUUUCUCAGACUCUGCAGGGUUGGAGCUGCAGCAGUGCGUGUUCACCUUCUCAACACUGCCGACUGCCUCGUUGCACAAACGUUGUAUUCCCCAAGACAUUCACUGGAUCGGGGACGGUUAACGUUCACGUGACGGUCAGCCAUGGUGAGGCGUUCUCACGCGUCCAUUCACCGUCAGCUAUAUGGGUUAAGUCGGUUACUACGCAUAACUUUGAAGUGUGUGCUCGUGAGUCAGGUAUUGGAUCAAAUGGUACAGGAAUCAUCAACUGGUUGGCUUUCCAAGAUCAUCCUCAAAUGACCCGUGGUAGUGUUUCUUUUAGUGGAAUAUGGACAACCGAAACUAAGUGUGACAAAGUUACCUUUUCACAGAGUUUUCUUGGAGGACCAUCCGUGUUUGUGUCAGCUAGGUACACACGUGACACAAAGCCAAAUGACGCUAUGUAUGUUUGGUUGGAACGUUNAUCUGGGAGGAAUGGAAACAACUUCAAUCCUUUCGCCACCAUUGAUUGGAUGGCGUACCAAGGAGCACCCCCCGAGGGAAUGACGGGAAGAAUCAAAAUGACAAAAUGGUGGUCAGGAACGAAUUGUGCAGAUGUGACGUUUCGAAAGGACAAGUUUAAGGUUUCACCAGUUGUUCUUGUGACAUCUCAUCACCAAAGAUGUGGAAAGGAACACGACGCUGCGUUGAUCUGGACAGAGGAUGUAACCAAGGACUCGUUCAAGGCUUGUUUGCGGGAGUUACAAAACUUUGACGGGAAGCAUCAGGACAUUUAUGUGACCUGGUUUGCGUUUGCUAAGUUGCACAAGCCACUCUUCACUGAGCAUGGCUCUGUAAACUUUCCAAAUACGAAUCCACCAACAGAUGAAGACAACAACGCUUACUGCGAGUUUGUACACUUUACACGAAGUUACAAUGCGACACCAUCCGUCCAAAUAUCAGCCAAUCACAGCACAACAGCGAGUGGAAACUUGGCGCCAGUUCAUAACGGUAUUUCUGCGUGGAUUGAGAACAUGAAUGUGUCUGGAUUCAGAGUCUGCGUAAAGGAACUAUACGAGACCAGAUAUGAUCCUGUGUCAGUGAAUUAUGCAGUCCUAACAGACAUCUGUAAUCCCGGAUGGAGCUACUUCAAUGGUUUCUGUUACUUCACAAGUGAUACUUGUACAGAUUGGACCACAGCAGUAACAAAAUGUAGACAAAAAAACUCAGUCCUCGUUGAUGUCAGGAAAAAUGAAGAAAAUGUUUACAUUCAACAUCGCCAUAAUGGAGAUAAAUCCUGGCUGGGUUAUAAUGACGGAUCAACAGAGGGCGACUUUACUUGGGUUGACCGUGGACAUGGAAACUUUACAUCCUGGGCCAAGAAUCAGCCAAAUAACUUCAAAGAAGAAGAUUGUGUGCACGCACUUGGCGUGAAAUACAGCUAUGAAUGGAACGACGUGCAGUGUAGUGAUUGUCAUAAGUUUACUUGUAAGAAAGACUUAGAUGAAUGUGAAAAUGAGCUUAAUUACUGUCACAAGAUGGCCACGUGUACAAAUGAACGUGGCUCGUACAAGUGCAAGUGUAACGCUGGAUACCUUGGAGAUGGAUUUCAUUGUUAUAGAUUCAGUGAAG